GUCCCGGACCCGUGUAACCAAUUACAACCAAUAUGAAACAUGCGUUCAUGACGAACUCAACACGUCCACAUAAAAACGAUGUUUAAUAGAUUUGCAGUAUGACAAUAAUCGAUAGUUGUGUAGCAACUGAUAAGGACAACCCUAAGCAGGGUAUUGUGAUGUCAUAUGCAUAUACCACAGUUGUUCACAAACCAUCCAACAUUUUAUUCUUUUUUUCCUAUUUAAUAUACGAUAUACAUGAUACGUUUGUAUAUGUGAAAGGUUUUUUCUGAAUUCAUUCACCUGUUAAAUGUUAAUUUUCAUUUUAUUGUUCAUAAAAUCUUAAAAUCUCUAUGCUUCUACGCGCAAAUGUGUGAUUACUGAUUACUUGUAUGUCAAAAGAACUACUGUCUACAAGUCGCGUGUGCCUUUAGUUGCAACAUCGGUGCGAAAUAUACGAAAUGGAUACAUAACAUACAAAGUACGUGAAACUGUUUGUAAAUACAAAGUAUUGUGGAAAAGGUUAUUUAUAUUUUCUAACCAAUAGAUUACAAAAAUAAGUUACCAUGACUGUGAUGUCUCAAGAAGAAAUGAUGGUUGGUAUUAAGACUGUUGCCCAAGGAUUGGAAGCCCUGAAAAAUGAGUUAACAGCAUCUAAUAACCCUUCUGGUCAAAAUACAAUGCAACCAGAGGAAAAACAGUCAAUGCUUCAAAAAACUUUAGAUAUGACAGAAUUGGGUCUUGGAGAAGCUCAGGUUAGUAGUUUAGUUUUUUAUUACAAAUUGAAAGUAUCUAUACAACUUGCCACUUUUGAAACCUUAAAGUGCCUUUAAAUAAAGUAGUUUGUU